AUGCGUCGACUGGACAGCGUUGGCGUCUCAUUCCCCGGAGUGGAGGUGCGCUUUGAGGGGGUGAGCGCGUCCGCCAAGGUGCAAGUGGGGGCGAGGGGCCUGCCGACGCUCUUCAACCAGCUCGCCAACUCCACCGCCGCGCUGCUGAGGGAGCUGCGCCUACUCAAGGACCAGCGCCGCCUCUUCUUCGCUCUCGAAGGCUGCUCUGGCAUUCUGAAACCUGGAAGGUAG